UAUUGGUACAGAUAUGAAAUAAAAAGCUUAGUGAAUUUGUAUGUCGUGGCUGGGACCCUACGGAACCUUGGAAGAUACCAAAGAGACGAGGAAGGUACUGAGCAGUGGAGAAAAAUGCCAAAAGUCAGCAUACCCAGUCAUUACUGGUUUCCUGAAAACGACAUAUGCGUAGCGUUUACAGCAACUCCGUUUGUAUUUAACGGAUAUGUAAAGACUAUGCCCCUUGCCUCGCGUGAUAUGGACUACGGAUCUAUGGAGUGCCUUGCAUCAGGCUGGGGAAGAAUAAAUGAUAGAGAACCCUCAGAAAUAUUAUUGUAUGCUAAACUACGCCUGAUACCUACUUCCCGUUGUUCACGUAUACAUAAAAAAAGAAUGGGCAAGUUCAUAUGCACUGAAUCUGCCGUAACGAAUGUGCUACAGGGUGAUUCAGGAGGACCACUGGUAUGCAAAGAUACCGGAGACCCGAACGACAGAGGCUACGGAGUAAUUGUCGGGGUGGCGUGCGGGUUACGCGACCCGACGUAACCGUCACGACAGCUUCUUCACGAGGGUCACCAGUUACUUGAGAUUCCUCAGUGGAAACGAAGCAACGAUAACCACGCCUGUGUUUUGUAUUGUUCUACUCUCGCAAAUUAUAUAUGUAAUUAUAAUAUGAAAGAAUUACUGUUUAUUUAUUUCUUUCCAACUUGUUUGUUUUAUUGCCACUGUUCAUUAUUUAAAUGCUGUGUACUUUCCGUGAUUCACUCGUCCAUGGCCCCGCCGGAAGACCAGCGUUGGCCCAUCCAGGCUAACACCAUGCCGAGUCGGGACCAUUUCGUGGCUAUAAUAUUACUUGUUAUGUUAA